AUGGGAAUAGUUGGAGCGAUGGCAGCAGUGGCCUUUGACUACUGCUUGACGAUUUCACAAGAGGUCCAAUUGAUCUGGGGAAAGAAGUGGGACGCCAUGAGGAUUACGUUCACCCUCGCUCGUUAUGCCACCUUGAUGGGUACUGCCAUGACCACGUACGCUGCGGUGACUGACCGGUCUAAGUACAAAAGCUGUGCAACUUUCGGCGAUGUCUCAUACGCUUCACAUCUGAUUAGUAUUAUCGCUGCAGAAGGCCUGCUUAUUUUUCGCACAUAUGCCUUUUGGAAUCAGAACAAGAAACUGCUGAUGUUCCUUCUCGCUCUUGCUGCAUUUUCUAUUCUAGGGGCUGUUGGGACGUCAAAAAUCGCGAGCUUCUAUUUCGUUAGCCCUCCAAGCUGCGAGUUUAGAACUGGAAAGGGUAGCGCCGUACAGUAUAUAUUUUUGAUCAUUUACGAGCUAGUGCUCAUAGUCCUCACGUUAUAUAAGAGAUUCAGCUUCUACAAAGGUACUCGAAGUCGCCUCGUCAGCACCCUUUAUCGCGAUGGGAUAAUAUACAUGACCUGCGUCAUAAUGGCAUCCAUCGCAAAUAUCUUUAUCGCCCUGGUCGUUCCUGGCGACUCGGAUUACACUAACAUCAUGGAUGUGUUUGUACCACAACUCGUGGUACACGGGGUGCUAGCCUCCCGUAUCUUAUUUAAUUUGCGGCAAAGUCGUCAGUCCGAUUCUGUGAUAAUCGAUGAAAUGUUCCCACUCGCGAACAUGCCUCGCACGCCUGAUGCGGGUGAAACGACAAUUGGCGGUUCUACUUUCGUCACUACGCACGAAGAUUUUGGUGCCAAAGAUUCGUACGAGUAG